CCUUAAAGACCAAAAUAGACAGUUGAGGGCAGUGCAGCUGCGAUAAACCAGAAAUGGCUUCCACCGGAGUUCUUCCAUUUAUUAGGGGAGUAGACCUCAGUGGAAACGACUUCAAAGGUGGGUAUUUCCCAGAGCAUGUCAAGUGUAUGAGCAGUCUGCGAUGGCUGAAACUGAACAGGACCGGACUGUGCUACCUCCCAGAGGAGCUGGCCUCUCUGCAGAAGCUGGAGCAUCUUUCAGUGAGUCACAACAGCCUGACUACUUUACAUGGAGAACUGUCCAGCUUACCGAAUUUACGGGCGGUUGUAGCCAGGGCCAACAACUUGAAAAACUCUGGAGUCCCAGAUGACAUCUUUCAGCUCGAUGACCUCUCUGUGUUGGACCUGAGUUUCAACCAGCUGUCAGAGAUCCCCAGGGACCUAGAGAACAGCAGGAACAUGCUGGUGCUGAAUCUGAGCCACAACAGUAUCGACUCCAUCCCCAACCAGCUGUUCAUCAACCUGACAGACCUGCUAUAUCUGGACCUGAGUGACAACAAGCUGGACAGCCUGCCACCGCAGAUGAGACGCCUGGUUCACCUGCAGACACUCACACUGAAUAACAACCCGUUGAUGCACGCCCAGUUGCGCCAGCUGCCAGCCAUGGUGGCAUUACAGACUCUCCACCUGAGGAACACCCAGAGGACCCAGAGCAACAUGCCCACCAGCUUGGAAGGUCUGACGCAUUUAGCAGAUGUUGACCUGUCAUGUAACGACCUGACUCGGGUGCCAGAGUGCCUCUAUUCACUGGGCAGUUUGAAGAGACUCAACCUAAGCAGUAAUCAGAUCUCCGAACUGUCUCUCUGCAUUGACCAGUGGACUCAGCUGGAAACGCUUAACCUGAGCCGCAACCAGCUCACCUCAUUGCCUUCUGCAAUCUGCAAGCUGUCCAAACUCAAGAAGCUGUAUGUAAACUCCAACAAAUUGGACUUUGAUGGGGUUCCACCAGGCAUGGGAAAAUUGUCCAGCCUCACUGAGUUCAUGGCUGCUAACAACAAUCUAGAACUCAUCCCAGAGGGACUAUGCAGGUGUGGCAAGCUGAAGAAGCUGGUGCUGAAUAAAAACCGCCUGGUAACAUUGCCUGAGGCCAUCCACUUCUUGACUGACUUAGAGAUGCUGGAUGUGCGUGAGAACCCCAACCUGGUGAUGCCUCCUAAACCAGCUGACACCGCAGCAGAGUGGUACAACAUCGACUUCUCCCUGCAGAAUCAGCUCCGGCUGGCCGGGGCAUCGCCUGCUACUGUAGCCGCUGCUGGAGGAGGAGCCAGCCCCCGAGACCCCCUGGCAAGAAAGAUGAGGCUCCGGAGGAGGAAGGACUGUUCUCAGGACGAUCAGGCAAAGCAGGUGCUCAAGGGCAUGAGUGAUGUAGCACACGACAAGAACAACUUGGAGGAAAACGGGGACUUGAAAUAUGCUGAUUUAAAGGUCCGGCGCUGGGACAAGAGUAUAGAGAAACCUCAACUGGACUACUCUGAGUUCUAUACGGAAGAUACAGGGCAGGUAAUGUGUUUCUACCCUUUCUCAGCUACAAUCAACCAAACCUUCAUGUACUGCAUUUGCCAAUACAUCUUUCUCAAAUGCUUCUUUUUGCAAUUGUAGACCUUCCUGGAUGACAAUGGCGCAUUGAACUGGCAGAUCUUCUACUGGAUCGGCCAAGAGGCCACUCUGGACAAGAAGGCCGGCUCUGCAAUCCACGCUGUCAACCUCAGAAAUUUCCUUGGGGCAGAGUGUAGGACAAUACGCGAGGAGAUGGGAGACGAGAGCGAGGAGUUCAGUGCCGUGUUUAACAAUGAGAUCUCCUACAUUGAGGGAGGAACAUCCAGCGGAUUCUACACUGUGGAGGACACAAACUAUCCUGUCAGGUUGUACAGAAUUUAUGGCAAGAAAAACAUCCGACUGGAGUCUGUACCAGUGAAGACCUCGUCCCUCGACCCUCGGUAUGUCUUCUUGUUGGACAAAGGGCCGGAGAUCUUUAUCUGGAGAGGAGCCAACGCUACUCUCAGCAGCACAACAAAAGCCAGGUUAUUUGCAGAAAAGAUCAAUAAAAAUGAGCGUAAGGGGAAGGCGGAGAUUGCAACCCUCAUGCAGAAUCAGGAGCCUCCGGGGUUCUGGGAGGUACUGGGAGGCCAACCAGAGGAGAUCAAGAAACACGUACCAGAUGACUUUUCUCCUGUCAGACCUAAACUAUACAAGGUGGGCUUGGGUCUGGGCUACUUGGAGCUGCCACAGAUUAACUACAAGCUGUCAGUUGAACACAAAGACCACAAGGUCAAACUGGACACUUUGCCUGAAAUGAGACUGGUGCAGUCUCUGCUGGACACAAAGUGCGUGUACAUCAUCGACUGCUGGUCUGACGUGUUCAUUUGGAUCGGGAGGAAGUCCCCACGCCUUGUCCGAGCUGCUGCCUUAAAACUGGGUCAGGAGAUCUGCUCCAUGCUGCACCGGCCCAAACAUGCCUGCGUCACCCGCAACCUGGAGGGCACCGAGUGCCAGGUGUUUAAGUCCAAGUUUAAGAACUGGGAUGAUGUGUUGAAGGUGGACUACACCAGAGCAGCUGAGACUGUACAACAGAAGGACAACCUGCAGGGCAAGGUGAAGAAGGAUGCAGAGCAGAAAGACAAGAUGAAAGCUGACCUCACAGCCCUCUUCCUGCCCAGGCAGCCAGCCAUGCCCCUAACUGAGGCUGAACAACUGAUGGAUGAGUGGAAUGAGGACCUGGAUGGUAUGGAGGGAUUUGUGUUGGAAGGAAAGAAGUUUGCUCGCCUGCCUGAGGAGGAGUUUGGGCACUUCCACACCCAGGAUUGCUAUGUCUUCCUCUGCAGAUACUGGGUACCUGUGGAGUAUGAAGAGGAGGAGAAGGCGAAGAAGGAGGGGGGAAGUGGUGAAGGAGGAGAAAAGAGUGCAGCAGCGGAGGAGGAGGAGGACAAACAGCCCGAGGAGGACUUCCAGUGUGUAGUGUACUUCUGGCAGGGCAGGCAGGCCUCCAACAUGGGCUGGCUCACUUUCACCUUCUCCCUGCAGAAGAAGUUUGAGAGUCUUUUCCCUGGAAAGCUGAAGGUGGUGCGUAUGACACAGCAGCAGGAGAACCUCAAGUUCCUCUCCCAUUUCAAGAGGAAGUUCAUCAUCCACAAAGGGAAGAGGAAACAGAAGACUGACUCUGCUCAGCCCUCCCUCUACCACAUACGCACCAAUGGCAGCGCACUGUGCACUAGGACAAUCCAGAUUGGAACAGAUUCCGGCAAUCUCAACUCAGAGUUUUGCUUCAUUCUCAAGGUACCGUUUGAGAGCACAGACAAUCAGGGCAUCGUUUACACCUGGGUGGGCAGAGCUGCUGACCCCGACGAAGCCAAACUGGCCGAGGACAUCAUGAACAAUAUGUUCGAUGACACGUACAGCAAGCAGGUAAUCAAUGAGGGGGAGGAGCCAGAGAACUUCUUCUGGGUGGGGAUUGGUUCUCAGAAGGAGUACGAUGAAGAUGCAGAUUACAUGAAACAUGCUCGGCUCUUCAGGUGUUCAAACGAGAAGGGUUAUUUCUCCGUGUCGGAGAAGUGCUCAGACUUCUGUCAGGACGACUUGGCCGAUGAUGACAUCAUGCUGCUGGACAACGGCAAAGAGGUGUACAUGUGGGUCGGUAAUCAGACCAGCCAGGUGGAGAUCAAACUUAGUCUCAAAGCCUGCCAGGUUUACAUCCAGCACAUGCGCUCUAAGGACGCUGCACAGCCCAGAAAGCUGCGACUGGUGCGGAAGGGGAACGAGCCCCACUGCUUCUCGCGCUGCUUCCACGCCUGGGGAGCGUUCAAAACCACCCUCGCAUAGACACACACGUCAUUUUCUACCAGUAAGAUAAUGAAGAUGAUGUCUAUGCUCAGCACUGCUGCUCAACAGCCUCUUCACAGGUCAAUGUCAGAUUCUGCCUGCAAACAGAUUUAAGUUCAACACAACAUCCCAAUCGGUGAGGUUCUUCUGGUCAAGAAGCUGUUGACUGUUUCCUGUCUUUUGGAGAAAGGGUUAAAUAUCACUUUUUUUCUACAAGCUUUUUUAGCAAUAAGUCUGAAUACUUGUUAAAUGAAAGAAGAGAAUUAUGUUUUGAGAUAAAAUAGGUCUAAGGUGUACAGAGGCUUUAUAAAAACCCAAAGGAAGGGUUAUGCCCUAACAUAUCAAUCUAUUCUGCUGCUUUCACGUGGCUUGUGCUGCAUGUUCAAUAGUGUGAGUGCACAUUACUGCAGGAGUCACUUCAUGCUUGGUGCCAUUUUACGCAGCUUAUUUGAAGCAGUUUAGGGAAGAUAAAAGGUGAUUUUACAGUUGUAUUUGUUUUUUUAUCAAAAUUAAGGGACUGAAUUAAAAAGAGCACUAUCAUUUUUGGAGGAAUGUUAGUUUAUACGUACGUUUUUUUUGUGAACUCUACAUAGUAUGAUUGUUUGUUGGCCCCAUGCGACUUCAUUAAAAUGGGGACUAUCCAGAGUCUGAUUGGUCACUCUUCUCACCUCCUCUAACUUGUCCACAGAUCUAAGUGCAAAGUAAAACCUUUUUGUUUAAAGAUGUGUUAGACAGUCAGUUGUUAAACACUUCAAUUUAUUUGGCCAAAGAAAUCUCCGUGUCCAAGUUAUAGCGUGAGACAGAGCCUUGUGUUAUGUUUAAGGACAGAUGUUUAAAUGUGCAAUCAGUAGCGCCUGGGAGACACUGAAACUAAAUAAAACUGUAUUCUUGAAUGUUACACACUGCAUUCAGCUUGUCAAAAUGUUUAAAAUGAUCUUGCUUUUCUGGAGCUGAGGGGACAAGAACAGAGGAAGAGUUUCUUUCCAAAAUGUAUUUUCGUGUAAUCAUUUUUGAAAAAGUAAAGGCAUCAUGUUUAAAAAUCUACCGGUUUAGAAUUUAGACAUUUUAGUCAGACAUUGAAUUUAAAGUGUUGCUUUCUUUUUCAGAUAUGUUUCUCAUUUUGGAACGUUUUAUUCAAUGGGAGAUCUUUUGCAACAUAGUAGAGACAUAUGUUAAUACAUUUUUUGUUUGUUGUAUGGUCAACAGAUCGGUUUUAACAGAACUGCUGUACGGCUUCUUAUGAGACAUGUAGUGUGCAGACAUUGGUCCAUGCAAGAUCUAUUUAUGAACCUUAUUCUCAAAGUCCCAUCAAUCCGCAACUACCAUCAUUUUGUUUCUUUAUACUUUGUGUGGGGUGAAUUCUAUGCCCGGCAGUUUGUUUGAGUCCUACACAUAUACGAAUGUGUGUAUACGAAUUUGUGCACAUGCUCCUGAUGCCACCUGCAGAUGCUUUAUUUAUGUAUUUUAUAUUAAAAUUAAAUCUCACAUCACA